CGCGUGUACAACUCGAUUUGCCAGCAAGAAGAAAGCACUCGAACAUACAAAGUAUUUAAUAAAGUAUAAUUUAAAGUAACGAAUGAGUUUUGUGAUAAAAAAUACACUUACUUCCGGCAUGAGGCCGAGGCGGAGGCUGAGGCUGAGGCUGAGUCGGCAACGUUGCGUUUAUCCAACGUUCAUAAUGUGUUGUUGGUCGUUAGCUCUUGGAAUUUUCUUAUUUCUGUUGCAAUCUGUCAACUCGGAAGAAACAAUUUCCAAUGGCACCAAAACCUGGAACGUCACCAAUUUGGACCGAUUACGCCUGCAACUAUUCAUCAACUAUGACAAGAACUCUCAUCCAACAUAUCAUGGUAUACCAACAAAUAUCACUUUAGGCAUGUCGGUGAACUAUAUCGAUAUUGACGAGAUAAAUGGGAAGAUGACAUUGCACUCGUGGCUGAGAGUAAAAUGGAUGGAUGAGAAUCGUUCAUGGAAUGCUGGGGACUACGAUAAUAUAAGCCAAAUACAUAUGAGACCAAAAGAAGUAUGGAAACCGGAUAUAACACUCUUUAAUAGCGCCGGCGAGAAAAGUGAUUAUCUGGGUGAUACUCAAGUGCUCUUGGCCAAUGACGGUAGCUUCUUGUGGGUACCACCCGCUGUAUAUACAGCAUAUUGUAGUUUGAAUUUCCGCACUUGGCCAUAUGAUACGCAAAAAUGUAAAGUGAAGGUCGGUUCCUUGGCGUUGACCUACAUCGAUUCGCGUUAUCUUGAAUUGAAAGAGAGCUUAGACUACAAUGAACUAGUGCAAUCAACGGAAUGGGAAAUUAUCGACGCCGAUACGGAAUAUCGAAAACAGGAUUAUUACAAUUACAUCGAAUUCACAUUUACGCUAAAGCGACGCUCGUCCAUGUAUACAGCGGUUAUCUUUACGCCAGCAUCGUGCAUAAUUCUACUGGCGCUUUCCUCGUUUUGGCUGCCACCGCAAAUGGGUGAAAAAAUAUUGCUGAAUAGUGUGGUGAUUGUGCUCAUUGCCGCUUUUCUGAUGUAUUUCGCGCAACUGCUGCCGAUCUUGGCCGAUAAUACUCCGCUCGUAGUACUUUUUUACAGCUGCAGUUUGCUUUUGCUCAGCAUUUCAACUAUAAUCGCUGUGUGUGUUUUAUAUCUUGCCACAGCCAAGCAUAAACGUCAUUUGCCAGACUUUUUGAAGAACCUGCUCAAUGGUGCUUUAAGUAAAUUUCUUCUGUUAGAAAAUUUCACAUUAGAAGCUGAGCCGCAUGUCUCUAUGAAUAACGGUACAAAGGAGUUAAUGGAACAUCAAUAUGAAAAUCCCGACAAUAUAUCCGAUGCAGCAGGUAUAAAUGCAUCGACUUCCACUUCGGUAUCUGCUAAUCGAUUUAUACAAUUCGAAUGGAUUCUUCUGGCUACAGCUAUCGACCGUAUUGCUUUUCUAUGUUACAGUCUUACAUUCAUAGUUUUGUCUAUUUUAUAUGCCGUUUAAGUGAAAUUUUAAAUUAGAAAAUGUUAAAAACUCAUACAUACAU